UUCACUGACAAUCCGUGUCAAGUGUCAGAAAAGAAAACAUAACCUGUCUUCUCUCUAAUGUCUUUCUUUACUAAAUUAGUAUCCAGUUCGAUAUAAGAAACAAAGAAUUAUAUGUAACAAUAAGUAUAAUUUGACAUCAACUACCAAAAAUGACAACGCGCAGACCAGUAUCUUGGUUUUUAACUGAUAAGGGCCGACAGUUUUCUUUUGCUUUAAUAACAGGCACCGGUCUAGCAUGUACACUGGCAAAAUUUGGACCACAUACAUUCUUUUUAGAAAAGUACAAAGAGUAUGUGCAUUAUUACAAUGAGGGGCAACCAGCACAAUUAUCCCAGGAACUUCGUGAUAGAUACUCCAAAUGUCUUGAUAUCCUUAAGCUGCCAGAUAUUCAAAGAAAAUUAAUUGCUCCAUUCAGUGUUUUUGGAUAUGACUUGUUUCAUGCGGGUAGUAUUAAUUCAAAAUUUGGGGUAGCUGUUGGUAUACCUGUUAAUUUUACCUACAAAUCCUUGGAAGAUUUGGAGAAAGAUAAUAUCAUGGUAAAUCAAAAACCAGUUGACUGGACAUCAGAAACAGGAAAAAAAUUGGCUGAUGCUCUAAUACUUCCAGAGAAAGUACAGGAGUUUGCAAUUUGUAGAGAAAUAAUGAUGACACAAAACAACAAAGUUAUUUAUGAAUCAGCAUAUCCAUUUGCAUGCUUAUUUUUUGCUUACAAUGCUUCCUUAUACCUCAACAAGAGAUUGAACUUAUAUAUGGCACCACCUCUUGCUAGAGGGGUCUUGUACUCAAUAAUUGGCAUGUUUUCAACUGGUGUCUAUUUUCUCAUGAAAGAUAUGACUGAAGUUCAUUAUGAAUCCGACACUGAUAAGCGAUUGUGUGAGUUAGGUCCUGAAUAUGUUGAGUAUGGAAAAAUAUUUUAUGAAAAAAUAUUACAGAGAAACCAAGCUCUCAGAGAAUUAAUGGGGAGUGAAGGGGAAAAGAAGUAUAGUAAACUAGGGAACGAAAAUUUUGGAAUCAGGCAACCCCGAAUUGCGUUAAUUCAUAGGAAACAGUUCUUUGAAAAUAAAUUGAAAGAAUUACAAGGUUUAACUGAUCCUGAAAUCGCAGAAUAAGUCGCUGAGUUGUAAAUGUAUUUAUAAUUUGUUUUAGUGUUAAAUGUCCAAAAUAGUAAAUAGUAUAUAAUAAAUGUUAAA